GGCAGGCGAAGCUGAGCUGGCUGCUCCAGGAUGAACCGCAGCUCUGAGAAGGGGAAGUAGGAGUCCUGCUGGUGCUGCUAUGGCGUGUGAACCGCACAUGGACCCCGGCGGGGCGGCUGGCCCCUUGCCCACCUCCUCCCCUGGCUGGAGCGCCCUGCCUGGCGGAAGCCCUCCUGGCUGGGGGCAAGAGCUCCGCAAUGGCCAGGUCCUCACGGUGCUCCGGGUCGACAAUACCUGUGCGCCCAUCUCAUUUGACCUGGGAGCCGCCGAAGAGCAACUGCAGACCUGGGGUAUUCAGGUCCCAGCUGACCAGUACAGGAGCCUGGCUGAGAGCGCCCUCUUAGAGCCCCAAGUGAGGAGAUACAUCAUCUACAACUCGAGGCCCAUGCGGCUAGCCUUCGCUGUGGUGUUCUACGUGGUGGUGUGGGCCAACAUCUACUCCACCAGCCAGAUGUUCGCCCUGGGAGACCACUGGGUGGGCCUGCUGCUCGUGACCCUGGCUGCCAUGAGCCUCACCCUGACUCUCGUGCUCAUCUUCGAGAGACACCAGAGGAAGGCCAACAGCAACACAGACCUCAGGCUGACAGCUGCCAACGGAGCCCUCCUGAGACACCGGGUGCUGCUGGGGGUGACGGACACGGUGGAAGGUUGCCAGAGUGUGAUCCAGCUCUGGUUUGUCUAUUUCGACCUGGAGACCUGUGUGCAGUUUUUGUCCGAUCACAUUCAAGACAUGAAGAUGAGCCAAGAGUCCUUGCUGAGAAGCAGAUUGAGCCAGCUUUGUGUUGUCAUGGAGACUGGGGUGAGCCCCACAGCCGAUGAGGGGCCGGAGAACCUGCUAGAGGAAGCUCCUCUCCUGCCCGACCGUCCGGGUUCCACGGAGAAGCCGCUCAUGCAGACUGAACUUCGCCAGCUUGUUCCUGAGGCUGAGCCGGAGGAAAUGGCCCAGCAGCUUCUGGCAGUGUUUGGCGGCUACUACACCCGGCUCCUCGUGACCUCUCAGCUUCCCCAGGACCUGGGGACACGGCACACGGACUCUCCAAGGAUUCCAUGCCCCUGCCAGCUCAUAGAAGCCUACAUCCUGGGCACGGGGUGCUGCCCAUUCCUGGCCAGGUGACCUCGGAAUGGAGGUACCCCUCUUCCCCCAGGACUGAAGGUGAGAGGUCAGGGAGGCCUCGGAGCUCCAGGGUGGCUGAUGGCGAGGCCUCGGUGAGGGGAGCAGCGUCUGGGGUGCCCUGAGGCUGUCAGUCACGUCAGCACUGGGGAUCCGGUGUUCCCUCCAGGACCCUGCUCCAAAAUGGCUUGUCGACAGCCCACGCUGACCUCUGGCCUUUGCAGAAGCCGAUGGUCCCACUCUGAGCUACUUUCUGUGCUGCUUAGAACCGUUGGCAUGAGUGGAAGAGGCCCCUCGCCCAUCUCUUUCAUUGUCUGAUGAUCCCCGAAAAUGUGAAGAUGACCAGAUGGGGCUGAAAGUGGGCCCAAAGCUUGGUCUCAGGCGAUGCUCCGGUCCUCACCCACUUCUUGUCAGAUGGAGACUCAGGGAGGGCUCUGUUCUGAGUGGCAUUGCCUUGAGCCCCUUAAAUUACAAGAUGCCCCCUUCCAAUCUGAAGCAAAGAAGUGAAUUCUCAGAGUGUUCUCCACUUUUAAGUUGCUCUUGCCCUACAUUUUCUGAAAAGUGGUGUCACUUGGGCUUGCUGCUAGCAUGCAGGCCUUCAGGAGACAGAAGGAAGGAAGGAACAGCAUGUAACUACUAAUGAGAAGAUUUGGAAGAGACUGAUCCUGUCUGAUCAGAGGACUUACUUUGUUCCAAGGCACACAUGCCCGCGGGUGUGGUCUCAUACUGCAGACGGAGAGCAGCAGUCCUGUUCCCUAACACUAACGCUGUCCUGCAGUGAAGCAAGAUCUGUCCCUCGUGGAAUCCCAUGAAGAGCUCAGAGGCUGCCAGGUGCUCUGCUGCUGAAAAAAUAUGAAGACCCAUUGUUCCCUGGGCCCAAAUCUAAAGACCCUCGCCUGGCAUUUAGAGGCUCCCCUGGCCAUCAUCUGCAAUUUUGGCUUCAUCGCCCAUAAAAAUCCUUAAUAGGUUGAAACUGUUUCCUGAACUGACAUAGCUAUUCUUUUGCAUCUGUUGGAUUUCUAUGCAUGCUUUUUAAAAAAAAAAGAUGUUUUAAAAUUGAGGUAUAGUUGAUGUAAGAUAUACUCUGUAAGUUUCAGGUGUACAAUAUAGUGAUUCCUCAUUUUUAAAGUUUAUGCUCCAUUUAUAGUUAUUAUAAAAUAUUGGCUGUA